AUGGCAAAUUUAAAUAAGGAUAUUAUUUAUUUAUUAUUUAAUGAAUUACAAUAUGAUAAAAAAACUCUUCAAUCAUGUCUUUUAGUUAAUAAAACAUGGUGUGAAAUUAUUAUUCCAAUAUUAUGGAAAGAUCCUUGGAAAUAUUUAGGGAAAGGAAAUGAUAAAAUAUUAUUAAACAUAAUAUUUUCAAAUUUAUUAAAAGAAUCAAGAGAUAAUUUAAAUCAACGUUUUAAAAAUUCAUUUAUUAUAUCAUCAUAUCAAAAACCUUUAUUCGAUUAUAUUAGUUUUUGUAGACAUUUAAAUUUCAUUGAAAUUAAAAAGAUAAUUAAUAAUACUAUAAAUGUUAAAUCUGAAAUUUCAAAUAUUGAAAAAGAAAUUUUAAAACUUUUUAUAAAUAAAUACACAAAUAUUACACACCUUUAUAUACCUCACAAAUUUAAUCAUGAAUUAAAUCUUUUACCUGGGGUCGAACGUUGCUUUUCGGAACUUAAAUUUCUUAGUUGUAAUACUACCGUAAAAGAUGAAGUUUUAAAUGGAUUAACAAAAAUAUGUAAAUCAAUUAAUGAAUUGGAUCUUUUUAUUGAAGUACAUAGUAACAAUUAUGAAAUUGUUAAAUUGAUUGAAACUCCUAAAAAAUUAUUAAAAAUUCGUCUUAUGUCCGAUUAUUAUUCAGAAAUUGAUGAAUCAUUUUAUAAAGUUCUCGAAAAUUCUUUGAUCUUACAUUCGAAUAAUGUACAACAUUUUAAAAUAACUAAACAACCUAUCACAAAUAUCCUUUCAUCUUUUAUAAACUUAAAAAGAUUAGAAUUGGAUGAUAAUUUUCGUUGUAUGAAAUGGAAAUGUUUAGAAAAAUUAUCUUUACCUUUCUUGGAAAUUUUAAAAGCUAAACAUGUUCCAAUCAAAGUUUUAACAAAUUUAAUUGAAAAUACGAAUGAAUCACUUAAUGAAAUAAGCAUUGAUUAUAUAAAUCAUGAUUGGAUUAAUAAUAAAAAAAUUAUUCAGGCUAUAUAUAAAAAAUGUCCAACCUUAAAAUAUCUUAAACUCGUUAUUAGAUGUUGUAAUAUUUCAGAAUUAGAAAAAUUAUUAAUUAAAUGUCAGUAUUUAGAUGGUUUAUAUAUUCUUGUUGAUAACACGCUUGAUGGUUAUGGUUCAGAAUUUAGUGAUAAGGUGAUUGAUUGGAAUUCUUUAUUCGAAAUUUUGGCAAAAUCUUCACCAAUUAAUUUGUUCAAGUUUAAAAUUUAUUAUCAGAUUUCACCUAAAUCAGAAUUCAUAAAAUCAUUCUUUGAUAAAUGGAAAGGUAGACAUCCUAUGUUAUUACAAUUUAUUGGUAAUCAAAAUACAUGUAAAAAUUAUUUUGAUUUAAUAGAAAAAUAUAAAGCAGAAGGAAUUAUUAAAAAGUGCGAUGAUGCAUUGGAAAAUACUUUUGAAGAUUUUGAAUGGAUACAAAAAAGAUUUAAAAAAUAG